CUACAUGAAAACAAAUCACAGUCAGAGACAACCUGAACUGCACUCAACAAACGCAUUAAGUAUUAAGUGCCAUACGCCAGUAUAUACGCUCCACACAUUCUAAGAGACAGAGGACGGAGAACAUAGAUCGAAUCGAAUCGAGUUACUAAAGCAAAAGCAAUACAGCAACAGCAGUGAACAGCAGCUAACGCAUCAAGAGCCAGACUCAUGCUGUAUUUUGUGUUAGAGUCUCAACAAAUUAAUUAUUAAACAACUUUAAUUCUUCUAAACAAUUUUCAACGUCCGUCAUUGUUUCAUCAGUCAAACUAUUAUUUAUAUUUAUUAAAAAAUAAUUUUUAUAAUGGCUCAGAAUAUAAAUCCGUUUUACUCGUCUCCAAGUGCUAACAGCAAAGCUACCGAGGAAAAGCAAAAUAUACCAAAAGAUAAUCACGCUGUUAGUAAACGUUUACAAAAAGAACUGAUGGGCUUGAUGAUGAAUAUGGAGAAAGGUGUGUCUGCGUUUCCUGAUGGCGAAAAUUUAUUCAAGUGGAUUGGAACAAUUAAUGGACCCAAAGAUACGGUAUACUCUGACUUGACGUAUAAAUUAACAUUGGAGUUCCCACACAGUUAUCCAUACAGCGCACCUGUUGUACGUUUUAUAACCCCUUGUUUCCAUCCUAACGUCGAUCAUCUUGGAAAUAUAUGUCUGGACAUACUCAAAGACAAAUGGUCUGCUCUCUACGACGUUCGCACUAUUUUACUAUCAAUCCAAUCACUUCUUGGAGAGCCAAACAAUGACAGCCCGUUAAAUGUACAAGCAGCAGAGCUUUGGAGCGACCAGACAAAAUUUAAAAAACAUUUAGUGGACGAGUAUCACAAAGAAGCUGAGCGCAGCUCACGGGAUUCAUGAUAAGCAAAUUUAAAAACAUUCAUCUUUAAUCAAUACCAUCUUUCAUAACUCAUCAUAUAAGAUAUUAAAUUGAAUUAAAUAAAAAAUAAAAAAUCACAAAAAAAAAUAAAUAAAUAAAUAAGAGCUAACACUCUAAUUUAUUAAAUUCUAAGAUUCGUGGCUGGAAAUGUAUGUGGAGUUUAUUUAAAUAAAUAGUAGUGUUAAAUUGAAAGCCACUUGAGUCAUAAAUCAGAUAAAAUUAUUAAUUAAAAAAUUAUUAAUAAUAAAUAACUUAAAUAUUAAAUUAAGAUAAAAAUUAUAAUAAUAAAUUAAAUCAAACUCUGAUUAUUGUAAAAUGACGGAUUAAAUUAUGACUUUUUUUUUAUUAGAAAAAUUUUUGAAAGAACACCAAUUAUUUAUUUCAUUUUAUACUAAGUAUUGACAAUGCCAUACUCAAUAGUUGACAUUUAUUAAUAAUUAUUAGUAUAAAACGUAAUUACUUUCUACUUCAAUACUAUAUCAUUGUCAUUUUACUCUGAAAUAAAUAUUUUCAAUGUAUUAAUUAUGUUUUAUUAAUUAAUUCAUUUUUAUCCUAUUAAUUUAUUCAUUUAAAUUAAUUAUAAAAAAUUGAAUAAUUUUAUUAAAUUAAAAAUUUUUUAUAAAACAGGAUAAUUUAUUAAAAAGUAAUAGAUUAUUUUUUGUAUAAAAAUUGACCUCACUCUUCAAGGCCUGCAACUUGAUAACAUUAAAAAAGAUAAAUCCCAGCAACAUAUAAAUUAAAAAUAAAAAAAAGUGAAAUCAAUUUUAUUGAGCAGCAAAAUGUUGAAUAAACUCAGCAGAAUUUCAGCGUGUAAGUCACUGUUUAGUUUUUGUAGAAUUAAUGCAAGUGGAAAAAAUAUUGCAGCUGUUCGAAAUUUAUCGAUCACGUCCACUAGACUCGAGG